UGUAAUGAAAAGUAAAGAUGAAAAGUGCGAUGGAUUUGUUUUCAUCUUUUUUCUAAAUAUUUAUUUAGUUCAUUGGUUUAAACUUAUCUAAAUAUAUAAUUGUGUAAAUUGAGUUAUAGUUGCUAAAACGUUGAAAAAGGCAUUGGUACAAAACCCACUGAUGUUAAUUUCAUUAUUACUUCCGAAAAGAAAUCAAGAUUAACAAACGCAAUGGACCACAAUCCACCAGAACCAAUGUCACUAACAGCAGAUGAAAUUGAUCCUGAAGAAACACAGCACAAACAACAAGGAGAUAUUGACAGAGAUAUUGAUGAAGAGAUAUCAGCUCGGAUGACCGCUUCCUACAGUGAAAUAUCCUUUCAUUCUGACCACGGACAGAGUAGUGAUGACACUGCCAAAGCAGCUGGCCCAUCUAGGCCAUACGACUUACCAUCAGAGAACAGAAAACAAGAAAAAAUCCCCUUGAACAUAGAUGGUCACGUCCGAUAUGAAGGAGAUAUGACUCACUAUGUUGCAGAUGAUUUAGAAUUUAAAAUCAAACUGUCUAGUCCAAUUACUAAGCGUGGAGAAACCCCAGUGUUUGGCAGCAACAGUGCCUCUCGUUCCAGUACACCUUCAGGGAAACUUUACAGACAGAUACUGGCUCCUCAAAUAGGUCAAAUUGAUAUAACUGUAUUAAAUGACUUAGAAUAUGAGGCUCAAAAAAUUGCCCAGUCUGUUGAUAACUUAAUAGAGAAUUUAUCAAGCAUUUUGCAUUCUAAUUCCUCUUUAACAGCUGAUAACAUGGAAGUUUAUAAAGAUGCUGUGGGGAAAACUUGUGAUGCAAUGGAUAAUAAUAUUAAGAGUAUGUACACAAUACUUGCUAAGGGUGAGGAAGUCUCUCAAGCAAUGGUCCCCGUGCAAGCUCAAGCUGCAAGAAUUGCUGAAAUCAAAAGACUACUCCAAGUGUUUGAAAAUAAUUUUUAAUUACAUUCCAUUUAGGUCUAAAUAAAUAACAAUAAUGCUUUGUAAAUAUGUCUAUACACCAUAUAAAUAGAUUAUAAUAAUCAUGAAAGAA